GAGUUCGAUCAGAUCUGAAAAAAAAAAAAGAAAGGUAAAGAAGCUAUGGCAUACGGAUCGAGAGGCGAAGAUGUGGAUGACUUCGACGAGUACGAUCCCACCCCUUACGGCGGAGGAUAUGAUCUCGCUCUCACCUUCGGUCGCCCCCUUCAACCUACCGAUGAGACCUGCUACCCGAUCUCCUCCUCGACUUCCGAUUUCGAUUAUGGCAGGUCCCAGUACACCUCCUCUGCUGAACCCUCCGCUUACACUGAGGAGGCUCAGCAGGCCGAGUUUAGCCGCUACUCUCGCCCCAAGCCGAGGCCUCAGGCCGCUCCCAGCUUCCACCCUCAUGGUGAAGAACCACCUGUAGAAUACGGCGGCAGCGAUGAGUACGGCUAUGGAGGAAGGCCGAAGCCACAGCCAAACUAUGGAUCCCAGCCCGGUUAUGGUGGUGAGAGCGAGGUUGGGUAUGGUCGAAGGCCUGAACCGGAAGAGCCUGUGUCGGAGUACGGGUCUGGAUAUGGUGGCCGGCCGGCCAGGCCUGGCUAUGGUGGGGAGCAGGAAGGUGGGGCUUAUCCUCCGCCCAGCCGAUCGGAAGACGAAGAAGGAAGCGGUGGAGGGUAUGGUUAUGGGAGGACCGAGAAGCCCAGUUAUGGGAGGACUGAGUAUGAGAAACCGGAAUAUGAGAGGCCUAGUUACGAGGAGGAGCCACCUCGGAGACCUUAUAGGAAACCCAGCUAUGAACAGCAGGAGGAAGAAUCGUAUCCCAAGCCCUCUUAUGGAAGACCCAGCUAUGGGCAGCAGGAGGAGGAGUACCCGAAGCCGGCUUAUGGAAAGACCAGCUAUGGGGAGUCGGAGGAAGAGGGUUACCCGAAGCCCUCUUAUGGGAGGCCCAGCUAUGGGCAGUCGGAGGAAGAGGGUUACCCGAAGCCCUCUUAUGAGAGGCCCAGCUAUGGGCAGCCGGAGGAGGAGUAUCCAAAGCCAGCUUAUGGGAGAUCUAGCUUCAAUGACGAAGACAAGCCUCAGAAGUUCCAGGAGAGCAGUUAUGGAGAAGAAAGCUAUGGUCGCAAGAAAUCUGGAGAUGAUGAUUCUGACGAUGAUGAUGAUGAAAAGAAGAAGCACCGCUAUCAGAAGCACCACCACCACCACCACCGCAAGGACUAUGAUGAUGAAUGAAAAGAGCACCUAAAUAUCCCAAUAGGCCCCCGGUCAAAGUAGGGUUUAUGCCCACUCCGUAUCAGUUUACUAAAUAAAGAUUGGGGACCCUGCGUGUGUUUGAGUUCUCUUGAGACUUUAUUUGACUUGUUUGCUAGACUGGUAAAUGUGUCAUUUGAAUAAAAUCCCAAACUUUGUGGAUUGUUU